GAAGUGGACGGACUCCCAACCCAAAGUCGUCCCGCAACGACAAACCGACCCACCGACCAAGACGAGAGCCGGUCGACCGACGACUCGGAGGAGACCGUCUCCUCCCCCUCGUCCACCGCCCCCUGAACCUGAACGUCUUUCCCUCUGAAGCCUGAAUCCGCGCCAGAACCCCGUAGAAUCGGCCGCCCCGCUCCGCUCGGCUCCCCUCCCGCCUCCUCGAGCGCGCGCAAUGGGGGCCGCCUGCGACGACGCCGUCCAGCAGCUCGCCCACCUCCUCGACCAAGUCGAGGAGCCGCUGAAGAAGACGUUCCAGAAUGUGCACCAGGGAUGUCCAUCAGAGACACUAGUGCGCUUCCUUAAAGCUAGAGAGUGGCAUGUAACUAAUGCUCAUAAAAUGCUUGUGGAUUGUUUGAAUUGGAGGAUACAAAAUGAAAUUGACAGUAUACUGGAGAAACCUAUAACCCCAGUAGACUUGUAUAGAUCGAUACGAGAAUCACAGCUUGUUGGGUUAUCGGGAUACUCAAAGGAGGGCGUCCCAGUGUUUGCCUUUGGUGUUGGACAGAGCACAUAUGACAAAGCUUCGGUCCAUUACUAUGUGCAAUCUCAUAUUCAGAUCAAUGAGUACCGUGAUCGUAUUAUUCUGCCCAUGGCGACGAAGAAGUUUAGACGACCUAUAACCACCUGUAUAAAGGUUCUUGAUAUGACUGGUCUGAAGUUGUCAGCACUGAGCCUAUUGAAGAUUUUGACUGCAAUAUCUGCUGUCGAUGAACUGAAUUACCCUGAAAAGGCCGAGACCUAUUAUAUUGUGAAUGCUCCAUAUAUAUUCUCAGCGUGUUGGAAGGUUGUGAAACCUCUACUGCAAGAGAGGACAAGAAAGAAGGUUCAUGUUUUGAGUGGUCGUGGGAAAGAUGAGCUCCUAAAGAUUAUGGACCAUUCCUCCAUCCCCCAUUUCUGUCGACGCGAGGGUUCAUCAAAAGCUUCGUUGAGCAGCAUCGAUGACUGCUUCUCGCUCGACCACCCUUUCCACCAAGAGCUCUACCAUUACAUCGAGCAGCAGGCGCUGAAUCAGGAACUCAUCAAGCAGGGUUCUUUGCACGUAGACAUCCCCGAUCAAGACCCCGAUGACGCCAUGAUUGUGGAGGUCAUCCAGGCCGAGUUUCACAAGCUCGGUGAACAGAAUGGGUCUGCCGAUGGCGACCAAAAAUAACGGUGUCCGUGUAAGAUGUCAGCGGUGUGGCACGACAGAUGUGUGUUGCUGUGAUGAAACUGAUGAUCCAUUUCGGUGUUUGCGAUGUUUGCUUGACCAGCCUGCUGUUGUUUGUGGGGUGACCAGUUCCAUGGUGCAAGACUGAGGUAGAAGAAGCAACCGAUGUAUACUAGAUAGAAAUAACCACCUAUUCACCUGUUGUAUACUUUGGCAAUGUACUGUCAUAUGUAUGUCCUCUAAGCUAGGAGUAAAUCAUCCUGUAACAUGGAUGCAAAAAUAAUCUUGAGAGUACCAUCCUUCAAUCAGAAAUAAAUGGUGCAUCUUGACCUUUGCCAUC